GCGAUGUCAAGACUACCACAGUACCUACACCGGACGAGCAAGUUGAUGCGUGACAGCGCGUCGCGCAUGUUGCGCAUGACCGGCGCGGACGAGCCAUUGCGUGCGCCGGUGACGCUCUUCACUCUCAACUCACACGAGGACCUCAAGCACUUCGCGACUGGGUGCGACGCGGAUAUGGGCGGGAGGUCAUCAGUCCAUCUUGAGCUUGAUGAGUCGAGUGCCCAGCCAAAUGCGGGAGUGAAAGCGCUGCAGCCCCCGAGACCCCACGCCAAGUUCUGGGGCGAGAUGAGGUUGUCUGCAAAACCAGGGUUUGAGGGCAAAGUGCGAGGUGGCUAUGCGGGCUUCAGGAACAUGCCAAGGUCGACCCUGUUCGGAGAGAUGACAGACGACGUCUCCAACCACAAGUUUCUGGCACUGCGUGUUUGUGCAGCAGGGCAUCCUCGCACUCGAAACUCGUACUAUGUUAACAUCCAAACGGACGGACCCGUCACAAGUGACCUAUGGCAACACCGUCUGUUCUUCAGCCGCGACGACGGAGGCUGGGAAGACAUUUUUAUACCCUUCGAAAACUUCGUUUUGACUAAUACGGGCGAAAUUCAGCCAGAGCAGAUAACCAUGUACCGCGAACGUCUCCGGACAGUGGGUAUUUCGCUUCUUGGCGGAAACAAUGGAGUGGAAGGUUUGUACGCACUAGGGGUAGACUCAAUCAGAGCUGUCAAUGAGGAAGACGUCACGACAGAACCUAAAAUUGAACCGACAGACGGUACUCAGUGGCAGCGACAGCCAGUGUAACGAGCACUCGCCAAUCAAGGGUGAAUUCCAUGGUGCUCCAUUACCUUCUCCCGGCGUGUAUGCACGAUUUUUCAACGAAAUUCCACAUGGAAAAAGUU